ACACACACACACACACACACACAUAUAUACAUUAUCAUGUACAUAACAUCAGCAUGUAAUUGUUCCCUUUCCUUUUUUUUUCUUUUUUUAUAUACAUUUUAUAUAUAUAUUAUACAUAAUAUUUAUAGAUAUUAUAUCUUUCUUUCUUUUUUUCUCUUCUUUCAUUCCUUUCCAUUUUAUAUUUCCUAUUGUUCAUACUCCAAUUCUAAAUACAAUGACACACGUUUGACAUGUUUUUAUAAUACAGUCAAUAUUCGAAUCCUUAAACAUUUUAAAUAAACAAAUAACUCUACAAGUCGC